CGAAUUAUUUUAACGGUCUGAUAAUAAACGUUUUGACACUGAGAAACACAUUUUUAUCACACGUUUUCUGUUGGACUUCUUGUUAAAGAUUGUCUUUUGGUCAUGUCAGAACUAAAAAAGAAGAGUGAAAACCCAGAAAACAUAACGCGAGGAAAACCUAAAUCUGGCAGAGUUUGGAAAAAUGUGCAAAACCAAAGAUUUUCAGAUAUUAAACAAGUGAAAUCUUUCAAGACUUCAUGGUCAAAUAAAAUGAAGAAGAAAGCAGAAAAGAAGUCAGUAAUGGAUUUUGAAAAACGUUUGAAAGAUGAGAAAACCAGAGAAAAGGAGGACAAAAGACAGAGAAAAGUAGAGAAAGAGAAGAGAAGAAUAGAAAAUCAGAGGAAAUCAGAAAUUGUUCAACCGAUAAAAAAUACAGCAAAAAUCAAGAGAAUGAAAAAGAAACAGCUAAGACUUCUAGAAAAGAGGUGAUGGAAAUAAAGACAAUGAACAGAGAGAAUUUUAUAACUGUUAAAUAACAGACAUAUUGCUCCAGGGCCCUGAAACUGUCAUUACUGAACUGUAUAGGUUUAUUAAACCUAAUUAAAGGCCCUAUCAACUAAUUUCUUCAUUGUUUAUUAUUGUUUAUUCACCUAUUGUCGUGGGUCACCCAUUUAGUCAAGUUAUGGAGGCAAAAUGUAUUUCAUGAAUAUUCUUAAUAAAGUCUUCAUUACUAUAAAUAGAAAUAAUUUUGGAGUAUAUUUUAUAGUUUACAAAUAAAGUCUAUUUCCAUACCAAA